UUUUUAGUUAGUCCUUGAAUUAGUCCAGUUUAGCGUUAGUGCUCCUGAGCGAAGCUGGAACCGUCCUAAUUUUUUAGGCUAGCUGUCAUUGGAGGCAGAGUCUCACAAGUUUAGUCGAAUAUGCGCUGGAUAACGCACCUAGACGGCGGUCCCAAGCGGGUCAACCAUGCGGCGGUCGCCGUGGGACACAAAGUAUACUCAUUCGGGGGUUAUUGCACAGGAGAAGACUCCAAAGCGUACAUUUCCAUGGACGUCCACGUUCUCAACACCUCAACGUUCCGAUGGACAAAGCAUCCGGUGAGUGAUUUGCCCUACUUCGAGAAUGAUGAUAUACUACCCUAUAAACGAUACGGACACACGGCCGUGGUGUAUGAAGACAAGGUGUACAUUUGGGGUGGGCGAAACGACAGGGCUUCAGAUGGGGUAUUGUUCUGUUUUGACACGACUUGGCACUGCUGGACGGCACCAAAGACAACGGGGGCGAUUCCUUUACCAAGGGAUGGACACACGGCGUGUUUAUGGAAACACUAUAUGAUCAUUUUUGGAGGAUAUGAAGAGGAGACUGAUUCUUUUGCAGAUUCAGUGUACGCCCUGGAUUUGAAGAAGAUGGUUUGGUCGCAUUUUAGGACAGAAGGCUGCACACCAAGUUUGCGUGAUUUCCACACGGCUGUCUGUAUUAACAAUCGAAUGUACCUGUUUGGAGGACGCGGAGACUCGAUAUUACUCGGACAGGAAUUUUACUGCAACAUGUUGUGGUUCUUGGAUCUGGAAAACUGCAGAUGGGUUAAACCUGAAGUGACCGGUGAAGUACCUAUAGGACGUAGAAGUCAUUCAGCUUUCGUUUACAACAAAAAAAUGUACAUAUUUGGUGGAUACAAUAAUUUAGAAGAGAAACAUUUUAAUGACAUGUAUGAAUAUGAUCCUCAGACUAGUAGAUGGAGUGUUGUUCAUACAGUUGGUGAUAAACCGUGUGAGAGGCGUAGACAGGCUUGUGUACUUGUAGGCGAUAGGUUAUUUCUUUUUGGGGGCACAAGGUAUUUAAAAAAUUUGAGUAUGUGUUGCUUACUUGAUUAUAAAAUUUCCAGUCCUCAAAUACCUUAUCUGCGUGAACCUCAAGAAGACAAACUCAUUGAUCAUUGUGAUUUAUACAUUCUAGAUUUUAAACCCACGUUAAGAUCGUUGUGUAUUCUUACUGUCAGGAAACACAAACUCGACGAGUCGGUGUUACCCAACACUUUAAGGAUGGAUAUUAUGAACAUGUUUACUUCUAAUAAAAUAACCAUCAGUCGACCAAAUAAAUCGGCGGGAUAAUCACCGUUGGAAACUUCGUUGUUGUUUUUUUUAUAUAUAUAUAUAUUUGCUGAUAUUAUAGGUUGUUCAUAUUUAUACAAUCCUACUUUGAAUGUCUCGUUUCAUUUGUUAUUCAUAUGUGAUCAUCUAAAUAUGGCGCCGGGGACUAGGUCACGGUGUUAUAUUUAAACAUAGUAAAUAAUACGUAGAUUGCUCUCUCACUAUUAGAUUAGAUUUUUUAUUCAUAUUAUUUUUCCAAGCGAGAGCAUUCUAGAACAAAAAUAAAUUUUAUUUUUGUUUAAAAUAGGAGUCUACUACAGAACUUAUCCACUUAGAUCGAAUGUAGGAAGGGCAACAGUGCUGCGAUAAUUUUUACAUUCUCGUAAUAAUUACUUUAAAGUUGUUGCAGAAAAUUGUGAUGCCUAUGCAUAGCAUGUAAAUAUGAUUGUAUCUAUUUAUUUUGUUUAUAUAAUAAAUAUACUCAUAUUUGUACCUAUUUGAAUUUGAAUAUUUUAAUAAACAUGUUCAAUUAAA